UAAAGUAAACAAAAAUAACAUUUUUUCAGAAAUCUUUAAAAUGGGUCUAAAUGAAGAUUUUGAGGCAGCUGUUGAUAGCAUCAGCAACAAAGUGAACAAAACGAUGUCUGAUGAUGAACUUAAGGAGAUUUACUCCUUGUACAAGCAGGCAACAGUAGGAGAUGUAAACACGGACAGGCCUGGCAUGCUUGACUUCAAGGGCAAAGCUAAGUGGGAUGCAUGGAGUGGUAAGAAAGGAAUAUCUCAGGAUGACGCUAAGCAGAAAUAUGUUGAGUUCGCAGCCCAGAUGCUUGAGAAACAUGGUGCCCGGGCCUAAUAAACAAUCAAAAUGGCGUCAUAAUUCACACAAAAUGGCGCUAAAAUCUUAUAAAAAUGGCGACAAACUUUUAGAUAUAUUCGCGCAUUUAUACCAUGUCAACAUUUUUCAAUUCAAUAAACACAAGGUCACUUAA